AUGCAAGCGACCUCUUCCUAUGCUCCUGCCCCUAGCCCUAUAGUUUCAGUGACUGCUUUGGGGCAAAGUCUUCUUUUGGUGGCUGCUCAUGAAGAUAAGACAAAGCUUGCUUUGGCUGAAACCGGAAAGGCCCUCAAACAAUCCCGUACUUCUGGCUCUAGCCCGCUUCACUGCAUGAAACAAACGGAUAGGUUAGACCUCUUGCAUUUCUUCCCUAGAGACCUAACAACCUAUUUGCGAGAUGAGUUCGUUACUCAGCAAGUUGAAACCAAGAAUGGAUUUCAAAGGGGAAGGCUCGGAAGACAGAUUGAACUCCUUUCUUACGACGAGAGCCCUUCAAUCAAUCGGCAAUCAGAUAGGCUUCAUCUUAGAUGGUGUGGCCUUCCAGGUCAGAUCGCAACCAAGGCCUUCACAUUAGAAGGGGAGGGGUUUAUCGGUGAAUUCCAGUCUUUGACUAAGCCUUCUUCCCGCUCUACUGGAAACUUUCCAAUAUGCUUCGAGUGUCUAAAAUAUAAAUAUAAGAAAAGAGGCAGAGGAAAUCUAGAUUUCGAUGGAAGCCAAUUCAACCGCUUUGCCCCUAUUCUUUAUCUCUCUAAAGUAAAGGUAAAAAGGCGAAAUUCAUAUUCUAAUUAUAGAAGUCGUGUUCCUGAUUGUCUUACUGCGGAGAUGCCUCUUCAGUCUAUUGCUCAAGGACCUAUGGCUUCUAGAGUAGAGAGAAUUCCUAGAGCCUUUCCAGAGAAAGUCCUUCUAUUCGGGUUUAAGCUAUGGCUUCGAUUAAGAAAUGAUCUUCCCGACUAG